GAUAAGAACAACAUGAGUGGUCUCGUAAUAAACCAGUUAUUGCUGAUACCUUCUUCUUUGCUCCUUCUUUUCUAACCUUGGUAGCAGGAAGAGAUAAGAAGGUCAUACAGAGAAUGUAGUCAGGAAUCUAUAAUAGAGUCCCACCACAAUGACCAAAUUGAUUAUCUUCAUGCAUAAGGAUAUACACCAUAAAAGCAUGUGUGAAUCAAAAAAGUACACUCUAUGCUUUCUGUCAGCUGUGAUCACCAUUGGCGUCCUCCUCCUCAUCCUCGUUCUAUGCCUAACCUUGAUUUCCAGUCCCCCGACCUACACCAUUGUGGGGUUCUCCGUUCCGGUCUCCUCCGGCAAUGAUAAUCAGAAUGGAACCUUCACAUUCUACCUUGAGAUUAAAAAUCCCAACAAAGCCUUGAAUGUCUACCAUGAUGACAUAUUGCUAACAUUUUAUUAUGAUCAAUACAUUUUGGGAGAGAAAACACUGCCUUCUUUUCGUCAGAAAUCCGGCGGAACCUCUCGUUUUAGAGAAAAAGUGGAUGCCAAUGCAGGAACAUGGAUGGAACUUCUCAAUUCAAUAGCAAUUAGUAAUAAAACUGCGGAAUUGAAGGUGAGUUUAGUAGGCGGAGCUCGGUAUAAAAUUCGGGGUCGUAUGAGGAAGGGCCAACAGAACUUGCAGGGUCGUGUACCCAUUGGAUCAGAUGGAAAUAUUUCUGGUGGGAAGAAGAUUAAGCUAAAACGUGUAUCCAAGAAACAAAGUUCGAAGGUUCCAUCGAAGAAAAAAAAGAAGGAAAAGAAACAAAAUUAAAAGACAGCAAUUUUAUGGUCUUUCAUCCUCAGGGUCUGGAGAAGAGGACGUGGAACCUGAGGAUAUGGGACCUAGUACAUCUCUCAAGUCUCAAUCCCUUGUUGAGAUUAAUGUCAAUCAAGUAUUUUAUUUAUUUUUUAGUUAAAAAUGUCAAUCAAGUUGAACUCCAACAAAUGAGUGAAAUAUGGAAUGACCAAUGAAAAUGGAGUUGCAUAUAUGUAUAACUUUGGUAUAUAGCUGUUGCACUCUGCUCUCUUUGCACGUGUUUUAUGUAUUUCUUUCUUAUUUUUGUUCUAUGUAUUUUCUAUCAUGAACAUGGUUGCUUUGGGUCUAUGAAUGAAACUAUAUGAUAUGGAUGGUCAGAUUCAUGAGAGCAAGGUGAUUUUGUUUUUUGUUUUUGAUGUUAUUUCAUUAAUUUUUCUUAUACCACUUUUUAAAGGGAGGUCACUCAAUGGAGUCAUGCCGCAUGUGUGUGUGUAUCAAUUAAGAGAAAAAAAGAAAAGAAAUACUCUUCCUUGAGGCCUCGUUUAAUUAGAUUGAAUCAGCAAGAAAUGCGAAGUAGAAAAAUUUUA